AUGGACACCGUUGAAAAGCAACCACAAGACCUCAAUGCUACCAUGAUGCGUUGCCCAACAACGAGCACAACUUCGUCUCCACAAUCCGAAGAUGACAAUGACAAUACCUCGGAUAGCAUAAGCACUGAGGUGCUCUCGGCUCAGUCCUGCGAUUCGUUUUGCACCACUCAACAAUAUCCGUCAUCUGAAAACAACUCCAUUGACCAUUCCUCGGUUACGUUUGAGCCUAUUGUACUCGACCGAAUAUUUGAAGAUAAUCUCAGUGUGGAAAUGCUAAGUCUAUACGAAGAAUUACUUCCUACUCGAGAAAGUCAUGAUCGUCGAUCACGUCUUAUAUCAAAGAUCGAACGUUUACUCAACACCGAAUGGCCUGAUCGAGAUAUCCGAGUCCAUCUUUUCGGAUCCUCUGUCAAUGAUUUGGGUACGAGUCAAUCGGAUGUGGAUCUGUGCAUAACUACGCCUUGGAAUGGGUUGCGUAACGUUCGCGUUUUGGCCAAGUUGUUCAAGCGAUGUGGGAUGCAGCACGUGGUGUGUGUUCCGCGUGCCAAGGUGCCUAUUGUGCGUUUGUUUGAUCCCGAAACUCAACUUGCAUGCGACAUUAAUGUCAAUAAUACAUUGGCCCUCCAAAACACCAAAAUGAUCAAGACCUAUGUCGCCCUGGAUCCACGUGUAAGACCAUUGAUCAUGAUCCUCAAACAUUGGACAAAACAGCGUCGAUUAAAUGAUGCAGCGAAUGGAGGCACGCUAUCGACCUAUACAUGGACAUGCAUGACGCUCAACUUUUUACAAAUGCGCCACAAUUCCAUAUUACCGGUGCUUCAUCAGCUGGUGGGAAAUAAGGAUGACGAUUCAUUUUGUACCGAUGUGGAACGACUCCGUGGAUACGGUGAAGACAACCAUGAAUCUUUGGGAGGAUUAUUGUACGCCUUUUUUCGACACUUUGCGGUUGAAUUUGAUUAUGCCAAUCAGGUGGUAUCAGUGCGACAUGGACGAUACUUGUCAAAGGAAGAAAAAGCUUGGGAUGUGGGUCGCAACAAGUUCAGCUUAUGCGUUGAAGAACCUUUCAAUGUGUCUCGUAACCUUGGCAACUCUGCUGAUCAGCAAUCGGUUCGAGGAUUGACGGUCGAAUUUCGACGAGCAUGUCAUUUACUGGCAGCUGGUGCAUCACUUGACCUUGUAUGUUUGCCUUAUAUUUCACCCGGUGAGGAACAAGCUCUUGAGAUGGAGAUGCCAUCAUCACCAUCACCAACAUCUCCUCCUCUUCCUCAACAACCAGCAAUCAUUCAAAGCAAUGGUGUCAAUACAACACGUCCUAUUAUUUUGCCUAUUCAUCCUAUGGAUAAUGCAGCAAUAUCACCUACUUUACAUGAUGACAACUCAUAUACAUCAUCCUCCACCUCCAUCUCCACCACCAACCUUAUACCAUCGAUUCCCGCUUACGAUAUCCGCUAUAUGGACACUCAUCACAACAACAUCAUCCCCCAUCGACCUCGCUUCAAUUCCGCCAUCGUAUCACCUUCUACGAAUCACAAUCACUCUUCUUAUUCACGACGAACCUCAACUACUAGAAUAGCACGACAUGGUAGCCAUCCUGUGACAUGCUGCACUGCAACUACAGGUGGUCCAACACCCAUUGCUAUUACAAUCGCAUUACCGCCACCAUCAUCUUAUGCAACAUCAACGAGGCAUCAUAGAGUGGUUCCUGUACAGGAUAUGCAUACAACAGUGGAUAGUAUAUUUGCACGCUAUUGUAACAACAUGGAGGAUCAUCGAAGGAGUAGCAACCAUCAUCGAAGGAAUUCCUUGGCACGUCGUCGCUCCUCCAACAGUGAAUGGCCUACCAUUUCUCCAACGACAUCCUCAAAUUCAAAUUGGGAGACGACAGGUUCACGUCAACAGCAACAACAACCUCAGCGUCGUCGUCGUUGGUCUACUGUCAAAAAAGUCUCGGAUGAUCAACAACAGCAACAACAAGCACAAUUACCACCUUCCCAACCUACUCGAAGAACGAUGGCCGAUGUUGUCAAGACAACUCGAAAUAAUAAGAAUGAUGGUUGUCAUGCCAACCAAACUCGGCACCCUGUCAAGUCGAAAUCUGAAGCCGCAAGUAAUGGUAACCCACGAAGUAGUAGUGGCAAUGGCAGUGGUCGACAGAGAAGAAGGAACAAACAACAACAUCAUCAUCAUCGAUAG